CUUGAAAUACCCGGAUUUUUAAGCGAACGUCAACAGAGAGGAUCUUUCAUGUCAAUAAUCUGACAAUAGAGACAAAAGAUAUGCAGGUGACAUUUCCACCUGGAUGACAGCACAUAAUCAGCGAGAUGGAGCUGCUCUUCAUCCAAGGGAAUGCCUGCCCAUUCUCAGGUGUUAGAUAAUCUGAGAUGAUCACAUGUCAUUUACAUUCCAGCCCUUGUCAGCUCCAGAUUUGUCUACUUCAACUCACACCCUGCUUGAAUCCCUGCAUUCUCAGAUUCCCCUCUGUUGUUAAUCUCUAUAUUGUAAUCAAUAAAGUGUUUCAAAAUGCUGUACUUUUAUUAACAUAAUUUAUAUGUUCAGAUCAUUCCUGAGAGAGAAGGGGUGUAAUAUCUCCAGAUGGGCGUGUGGUACCCUUCCUCACCCAUGCCAACAAGAUGUUACUCUUGUUGGGUCUUUGCCUUGAAACAAAAUAUGGCAACUCACAAUGGAUGUGCUCUGAAAGGCAAAGCAAAAGGCACUAAAACCACCUCAGGCAAACCCCAUAUGGAGGACUUCAAUGGGAGUUUCAACAAAGAAAACCUUCAAGUUGAGGCUGAGACAUUGAGAGGAAGGAAACGUCUCUCAGAGGCAGAUGAUGACAUUGACAUCACCAAAGGAGGGGAUAUGAUGACCAUGUUGGACAGAUUUGGAGCGGACAUCAACAAAGCCUUCCUGGCAAAACGCAAACGCUUGGAAACGUUCACCAAGUCCUCUGUGAAGACCAGCCAUCAGAAGAUUGAGCAGUUAUGGAGGGUCCAACAAAGAGACAGGAGUAAAGUGACAGAAGACUACUGCACCCAGUUCAAUGCAGUCUUCAACCAGUGGGACACAGAUGUGCAGAAGUCCAAGGAUAACGAGGAGAAACUACUGAGCAUGUUCCAGCACCAGCAGAAAAUGUUUCAGCACAUGAGGGCCUCCCAAAGCCAGAGACUGAAGACUCUCAAGCAGCUGCUAGAGCAGUACAUCCAGAGCCUUGAUACAAUGGAGAAGACCCAUGUCAGCCAGCAGGGUGAUGUACAGGGCGAGCUGCGCCAGGAAAUGGCACUGUUUCAGAAAAAGAUCCUCAUGGACACACAACAGCAAGAGAUGGCUACAGUGCGCAAGUCUCUGCAGACGAUGCUGAUGUAAAUUAUUUAGAAUGAAGGGAGCCAAGAAGAAUCAACUCCAUCCAAAGGCUUUUUGUGUGUACAUAUCACUGAGCUGGGUUGUCUGUACUGCUUUAGUUUAUAACUGUGUUCCAGAUAGACCUUUACAAUGGCCAGAGAAGUGUUAAACAUCUCAGGAACCAUAUCAACCUUGAUUCUUUAAUCUGCAAAUACCAGUAAUGGUUCCAGGGAGAUGGGAGUUUUGAAAUCUUAAAGUAUGGUGUGUACAUGUAGCAUUGCAUUUCUGUUAUCAACUGCUUCAUUCUAUGUUAAAUCUACUUAAUUAAACCCUGAUUAAGACAGGGAUGGAGAAAUUAAAUGUGACUUUAGUUAAAAUGUUGUCAGGAAUUAAUACCAU